GCUGUUUUUUAUUGGAAGGACCAACUUGGGGUCAAAUUGGUAAACAGUAGAGACCAAAUUAAGGAUUUUUUAAGUUUAGAGGCCAAAUCAGGCGUCCUUACAGUAGUUGAGGGGCCAAAUUGAGGGUUUAACCAAGAUUAAAUCCUCAAAAUCAUUGUGAUGAUGCAUUACGCAUGUGAAGAAUACUUAAUAUCUAAUCUAACCUUUUUCAGGGCAUAAUUUCUUUAAGUGGCAAGAUUACAUGCCUUUUGGAGACCAAUCAAACUACAUAUGGUCUGAUGCUGAUUGGCCACACAAUGGAUGGGCUGGUUCUGAGUCAACCUCAGUUCCAACUUGUGUGUCUCUUGGUGUAGGUCUUGGAACCAAGAAGGGAGCACACCUUGGCUUGGGUGGGGCAACCGUUGGUGUGGAUUCUAUGGCUAGACCAAGGAGAGACUUGACAGGCAGUGGAGCAUUUCGAGUUCCAGGUUAUGCUGGUAUUGGGGCCUCUGGUUUAGGUUGGGAGAUACAGGAAGACUUUGAUGAGUUUGCUGAUCCACCAGCUACUGUGGAAAAUAUAAGUACGAGAGCUUUCUCCAGUCACCCUUCAAGACCUUUCUUCUUGGUUGGCUCUAUCAACACGCACAUUUAUUUAUGGGAGUUUAGCAAGGACAAAGCCACAGCAACUUAUGGAGUGCUGCCUGCUCCUAAUGUUCCACCACCUUACGCGCUGACAUCAAUAUUAGCCGUACAGUUUGACCAAUUUGGACUCAGAUUUGCUACUGCAGCUCUAAAUGGAACUGUCUGCACAUGGCAAGUGGAGGUGGGAGGAAGGAGCAACAUUCGUCCAACAGAAUCAUCUCUCUGCUUUAAUACCCAUGCAUUGUUACUGCGAGUGGAUCAGUCAUUACUGCAGCUGGAUGUAGCUCCAAUGGUGUUACCGUGGUUGUAUGGAUACUUUGGCUCCACCUGCAACCUCUCGUGCUUCUAUCAUUGGCCAUGAUGGUGGUGCCUGCUCCAUUUCUGUGUUCAACAAUGACAUUGGGAGUGGUUCUGUUUCUCCCAUUAUUGUGAUUGGUGGUAAAAAUGGUGACAUCGGACUUCAUGACUUCCGGUACAUAGCUACCGGAAGAACCAAAAGACACAGGUACCGUGACAGUGGUGAACCAAGCAGCAACACAUCUAAUGCAGACACACGGACCCAAAUUUCAGAUCAGAAUCUGAAUGGAAUGCUAUGGUACAUACCAAAUGUACACAAUUUCUCUCUGAUUCUGAACCACCCAUGAACCAUUUACUUCUCUAAUGUUUAUAUGAUAUGAUCGGAAUGAAGGGAGUAUCACCAAGAUAUCGACCAUACCAAAUACCAGUUUGUUCUCAACGGGAAGCAAAGAUGGCGAUGCCAAAACAGCCAAGAUGGUGUGCAUCACUAGUCGAAAUUGCACGACAGACACACAUUUCUACAACCAAACUCUCGUGGUUUUGGUGGUAUUGUCAGGCGGAGAUGGCUCCGUAAAGCUGGUUCAGCUCAAAGAUCAUCCACAUUAGACCUGAAAGUUGCCUCUCGAUCAGAGCAAUAGAGAAUGAAACUUGACAGAAAAUGAAAGCGGGGCUCCACAAGCUUACUUCCAUCAAUGGAGCCCGUCGGGGGAUAAGGAUAUGUUUAGUGCACCUUGCUAGAGUUUUUAGUUUUAGAGUAUUGUUUAUGAGUAAUAAGUUUAAAUUUUUAUC